AGCAAACGGAGUACAGUUUUUUUUUAUAGUCCAAUCCAGACAAUUGACUUGAGGGAUGGGAAUUUAUAGGAAAUUUCAGUUAGCACAAAAACAACGGAGCCGAUGAAAAUCGGCACAACAUUCCCCUAAUUCCGAAGCGCCACCAACCCAACUACGAACACGAUCCUUCGAUCUCUCUCUCUCCUUCCUAAAUACACUCCACCGCAUAAUCCCAACAUACCUGCCGCACUUCUCUCUCCUCUCGUCGCUACAAAUUACGAUGAACUCUGUGGAGAGGAACAGAGGAAGGAACAGCUACUUCACGUGUUGUUUUCGACCGGCCGAUACCGACGAGGGUUCGAUCAAGCGGCGCCGCAAGGACUGCCCGGGCGGCCCACCAGUGUUUGCUAUAUCCGUUCAGGGCGAAGACAAUAUGGUGCUUCCGAAAAUUCUGACGUCACUGUCGGAAGAGAAAUCAAAGGUUUCUCCAGACAGCGGCGGACGUGGAACGGAGGAGAGGUCUCGCCGGAGCUUUUCUCGGUUAUUCAAAUCCGUAUUGCUCAAGAACCCGUUGGUGAAAAAGUUUAGCAGUAGAAAAGCUCGACAAAAAUCAUUCCAAACCAAGAGCAACAUCGUAUCAGAGAAAAUCAAGAAGGCUUCAAAUGCAGCAAAAGUAAAUCCCACACCGGAUAGACCUCCAGAGGCAGAUUCGAGUCGUUGGGCUUCCCCAAAUUCAUCCUCCACCGCAAGCACUUCAACUCGGACUUGUUCAUCUCUUGUUUCAUCGUACGGAGCUAGUCCAGUCGAAUUGAAACAAGUUGAUAAACCGACAUCAACAGAAAAAGGAAGGGAAUGUAGUGGCCCAACUAUUGGAUUAUGUGUGCUGCUUGUGUGCCUAGCGGUGUUGACCAUCUGGGGGAGAGUUGUUGCCAUAUUGUGCACUUCGAUGUUUCUCUUUCUGGUUCGGAGGCGUAUCGAAAGGCCCCGUAGCGUUGACUCGACGGUGAAUGGCAUUGAUUUGCCGGUUAACGACGUUGACUCAGAGGCUUAUAAGAAGAAGGUCAUAAUGGAAGGACUGCUCGAGAGAAAUCGCGGUCGGGUAAUUGCCACAGCUAGUUGAGACAGGCUCCGUUUUGAGCUGGCAAGGCGGCUUCGCCUUGUGACAAAUUUUUUUUUUCUUUAAAUUUUUUUUUUGUUGUAAAAAGUGCUGUCGUUAUUGUCUGUUAUUCUUCCCUCCCCUUUUUACAUUGAUCACACGUUUAUUUUAUUUUUAUUUAUUUUUGUGAUUCCCAUUCGAUUAUUAUUUCAACUGGGAUGUGCGAAGUUUUUCCCCCAUUUUUGACUUCAUAAGUUGUACUCAUACUUUAUUCAAUGAGAAUAAAUGAAGUUUUAAUGUAGAUUGUUUU